AUGGUCCUGACGCUGCUCCUCUCCGCCUACAAGCUGUGUCGCCUCUUCGCCAUGUCGGGCCCCCGGCCGGGCGCCGAGCGGCUGGCAGUGCCAGGGCCGGAUAGGAGCGGUGGCGCGGGCCCUUGGUGGGCUGCGGGCAGCCGCGGGCCCCGAGAAGUGUCGCCGGGGGCAGGGGCCGAGGUGCAGGACGCCCUGGAGCGCGCGCUGCCGGAGCUACAGCAGGCGUUGUCUGCGCUGAAGCAGGCGGGCGGCGCGCGGGCCGUGGGCGCAGGCCUGGCCGAGGUCUUCCAGCUGGUGGAGGAGGCCUGGCUGCUGCCAGCCGUGGGCCGCGAAGUGGCCCAGGGUUUAUGUGACGCCAUCCGCCUGGACGGCGGCCUCGACCUGCUGUUGCGGCUGCUGCAGGCGCCGGAGCUGGAGACGCGUGUGCAGGCCGCACGCCUGCUGGAGCAGAUCCUGGUGGCUGAGAACCGGGACCGCGUGGCGCGCAUCGGGCUGGGCGUGAUCCUGAACCUGGCGAAGGAGCGUGAACCCGUGGAGCUGGCGCGGAGCGUGGCAGGCAUCUUGGAGCACAUGUUCAAGCACUCAGAGGAGACGUGCCAGAGGCUGGUGGCGGCCGGCGGCCUGGACGCGGUGUUGUACUGGUGCCGCCGCACUGACCCCGCGCUGCUGCGCCACUGCGCGCUGGCGCUGGGCAACUGCGCGCUGCACGGGGGCCAGGCGGUGCAGCGACGCAUGGUGGAGAAGCGCGCAGCCGAGUGGCUCUUCCCUCUCGCCUUCUCCAAGGAGGACGAGCUGCUUCGGCUGCACGCCUGCCUCGCGGUAACGGUGUUGGCGACUAACAAGGAGGUGGAGCGCGAGGUAGAACGCUCGGGCACGCUGGCGCUCGUGGAGCCGCUUGUGGCCUCUCUGGACCCUGGCCGUUUCGCCCGCUGUCUGGUGGACGCCAGCGACACAAGCCAGGGCCGCGGGCCGGACGAUCUGCAGCGCCUCGUGCCGCUGCUCGACUCUUCCCGCUUGGAGGCGCAGUGCAUCGGGGCUUUCUACCUCUGCGCCGAGGCUGCCAUCAAGAGCCUGCAAGGCAAGACCAAGGUGUUCAGCGAAAUCGGCGCUGUCCAGAGUCUGAAACGCCUCGUUUCCUACUCCACCAAUGGCACUAAGUCGGCGCUGGCGAAGCGUGCGCUGCGCCUGCUGGGCGAGGAGGUGCCGCGGCCCAUCCUGCCCUGCGUGCCCAGCUGGAAGGAGGCUGAGGUCCAGACGUGGCUGCAGCAGAUCGGCUUCUCCCAGUACUGCGAGAGUUUCCGGGAGCAGCAAGUGGACGGUGACCUGCUUCUGCGGCUCACAGAGGAGGAACUCCAGAUCGACCUGGGCAUGAAAUCGGGCAUCACGCGCAAGAGGUUCUUCAGGGAGCUCACGGAGCUCAAGACCUUCGCCAACUAUGCUACGUGCGACCGCAGCAACCUGGCAGACUGGCUGGGCAGCCUGGACCCGCGCUUCCGCCAGUACACCUACGGCCUGGUCAGUUGCGGCUUGGACCGCUCCCUGCUGCACCGUGUGUCCGAGCAGCAGUUGCUGGAGGACUGCGGCAUCCGCCUGGGCGUGCACCGCUCCCGCAUCCUCACGGCUGCCAGAGAAAUGCUACACUCCCCACUGCCCUGUACUGGUGGCAAACCCAGCGGGGAUACCCCAGAUGUCUUCAUCAGCUACCGCCGGAACUCAGGUUCCCAGCUGGCCAGCCUCCUGAAGGUGCACCUGCAGCUGCACGGCUUCAGUGUCUUCAUUGAUGUGGAGAAGCUGGAAGCGGGCAAGUUCGAAGACAAACUCAUCCAGAGUGUCAUGGGUGCUCGCAACUUUGUGCUGGUGUUGUCACCUGGAGCACUGGACAAGUGCAUGCAGGACCAUGACUGUAAGGAUUGGGUGCAUAAGGAGAUUGUGACUGCUUUAAGCUGUGGCAAGAACAUUGUGCCCGUCAUUGAUGGCUUCGAGUGGCCUGAGCCCCAACUCCUGCCUGAGGACAUGCAGGCUGUACUUACUUUCAAUGGCAUCAAGUGGUCCCACGAAUACCAGGAAGCCACCAUUGAGAAGAUCAUCCGCUUCUUGCAGGGCCGUUCAUCCCGGGACUCAUCUGCAGGCUCUGACACCAGUUUGGAGGGUGCUGCACCCAUGGGUCCGACUUAGCCAGUCCCCAGUUCCCCAGCCCUGCUGUGACUUCCAUUUCCAUUGUCCUUUCGGAAGGAAACCGGCCUCCCUGGGCUGAGACAACCCGUGCUCUUCUCAGGAAAUGUCUUUCCCUGUCCCCCACCCUCAUGGCCCACCUCCAACCCACUUUCCUCAGUAUCUGCAAAGGGAGGGGAAGUCAGGCUUGGGCGGGGGGCUGGUUAGAACUCCCCCAGGCCCUGCCAGCGGGUUGUCUGUCUUGUCGUCUGUCUCAGUCAUGGGGAGGAUCCCUGCUCAGUUCUGGAGAUACUGGAAUUGGGGUGGGGGUGGGGGUGGUUCCUGCAUUCCCUUCUCCUGCUCAGAUAGCAGCCAACUUGAGGAGGAUGAAGGCAGGCAGCUCAGACAGGAAUCAGGGCAAUGCCCUGGUGGGCCUUGGCACUGUAUUCUGAGCAAGAGUCUGGGCCCGGAAGCCAGCCAGGGAUGAGUGCCUUCAUGGCUUUCCACCCAGACCAUGCCUGGCCCCUGCGCUUACAAUUUCCUGCCGCUCCGAGGCCUUGCCCUGUAAUCACUCAGUGCCCUUAGCCAGCCUGACGAGGUCCCAGAUCCCCUACAGCUUCCUUUGGUGUGGCAUCUUUUGCCACCUCCAGGGCCAGGGGUUAGGCAAACCAGCCCUCCCUCUGAUUUUGCUGCAGCCAGCUUUGCUGCACUUGCUGGUGCACAGGAGCCUCCUGUUUGGGCCUGAGUCUGGGCAUGGGGAGGCGGUGCCUCAAAGCCCAUCCUACCCCGUGCCUUGGUGCUGUGCCUCAGGCUCCUGCCUGGUCGGGCCCAGAGGGCUUCCCCAGCCCCUCAGCCAACCAGGGCUAUCCACCCCUUGCUCAGGGACCAGGCAGCCCCCAUGACAGUGGAAGUAGCCUCAAUGGAACCUGCAGCUCUGUGGAAAGAGGCAAGAUCCUAAAAAGGGAAAGCGUUGUUACCUUUAAAGUCCAAAUCACCUGGAAAUAUUAAAAUCAGGCGAUCUGGGGUAGGGCCUGAGACUCUGCAUUUCUUAGAUUCCCAAGUGAGCUGGUGCUCGUGGUUAAGGGCAGGAAAUCUCUAAAGCAUAAAGCCCUCACAAAUCUUUGCCAUUUCCCAAACACUCCACUCCAUGGUCUCUAUUCAUCGGAGCAACCCUACCUGGAAUUAUCAUUCCCAUUUUACAGAUAAGGACGCUGAGGCUCAGAAAGAUUGAGGAUAAGCCCAGUUUCCUGUCAUUGGUGGCAGCCCCAGAUCCAGACCCAGGCCUCCUGGCACCCAGUCCGCUGGCAGUGGAAUUGCUAUCCUGAGAAUCAUCAUGAGGCUAGGCUAUUGCUUCCCCCUUACCCCAAAGAAGCUGGCAGCAGGGGAGAGGAUUUUGCAACAAAAAGCGGACCCAGAAGCCGUACAGAAAUAACUGAGCAGGAAUGUCCUCUUGUACCCUCCUCCACUGGGUUCAGAGGGCAAGAAAGUACCCUCCAAUAAACCCAGGCUCCAGGCCGUGGGGUCUGCUGAGAGCUCUUCCCUCCUGAGGGCCGGAUGUUCACACCUCAAGGCUGACUGCACCCCCAGCCCCACUCCUGGCUGUGCUAGGUGACACCUUGUUCUCGGCCACAUGAUCAGAAAGUCAAAGGUCUCACUCCGGGUUUGGGGCUCCUUCCUCCCACUCCCCACCCUGCCGGGGUCUGUCCCAGCCUUGACGCUUCAGUUUUGACCCCACCUGAUCCUCCUUUCCUCGUGCAGCACAAACGCUCGCCGGUGCCAGGGCAUGGACACGACAAGCAGGGCAGACCGGAUGCUGCCCUCACAGUACAGAGUCAAUAAAAUAUUGUCUGAGUGUG